AUGUUAAAUCUAAGUCAUAAUCAAAUAACAACUUUGCAACACUUUAACGUUAUGAUGCAUAUCAAAAUGCUUAAUUUAAGUGAUAAUCAAAUAUCAAUAUUAAAAUACGUCAAAGGAAUAUCUCAUAUCCAAACGCUAAAUCUCCGUAACAAUCAAAUUAUCCGAAUUAAAUUUCUAAAAAACUAUCAUGAGUUGUGGUUCAAAAUCAAAACGUUUUAUCCUGAUGAAGAGGAUGCCACAGCGUUUAAAGGACCCAAUAUCUUAAAGGUUAAUUUGGAUGGUAAUAAAAUCUAUCCUUGUAUGGGAUUGGAAGAUCUUCCUAGAAAAUGUAAGAAAAUAGUCUCUUCAUCUGCUAGCAAGCCAGAAUUAUAUGGCGGCUUUAAUUCUUUUGUUGAUUGA